UUCAGGGCAGUCCGCCAACAGUCCCCAGUCAACUGAUCUUUUUAGCUUAGAUCCAUCUCUUCUACUGCGUGAGGUGUCCUCGUUUAGCAUGGCGGUAAGCUGCGGGCGUGUCUUCCAAGUUAGCUAGCUACUUGUGCUCAAUGAUUUUUCGCUCGAUGAUGGAUUGGUUGUUCUCUUACAGGAACCACCACCGUACGAGGAAGCAACCAAAGGUAAGUUCUCUUCGAGCGCACAGUUAUAGUACGGAGUCGGACUGAGUAUACUUGUUUGCCUAGCUACGUAGCUAUGAUCAUGGCUAGCUAAAUUUUGAUGCCCACAGCAGAAGGGACGGCGACGCAUCUGAUGUCUGCAGGAGAGACGGAACCUCCUCCAGCCUACAACCAGCUGUUCGGAAUAUCGGAUCUCAAGGAGGCCAAGAAGCAGUCAUCAAACCGGGCCACAUUUGUGGUCAAGUCUUGCGAGAUUGUGACUGGAACAGGUGAGUGGUGCUGUAUAGUAACUAUUGUCCAGUUUCCCAUUGCCUUCUGCCCCCUCUUUCUCUCACUCGUCUCCACCUCCCAUACAGUUGCCUGUGCGAUAUGCAUGGGAAUACUAGCAGCCCUUCCAAUCUCAAUGAUCAUUAUCGGUGCUAUCUACCUGGACGACUGUCCUGACCGUAGAAUCAUACCAAUAUGGCUGAUAGUGUUUGGUUGUGUGAGUCUGGUCCAGUCGUUCAUCGACAUUGGGAAACGCUGCUUCAGAAAGAAGAAUGAGGGAGAUGAGGACGGAGCGAAUAGGGAGAGGUAUGCCGGGCGAUCGGGUAACUGUCUGGAGAGCAUUCUCUCCUUCUUCCUCUUCAUCUGGAUCAUCAUUGGGAGUGCAUGGGUCUUUGGCUACUACAGUAGGUUCAACGAUUGCGGUGAAGACUGCUGCCAUCCUGUGCCAUACAUCUUUAGUUUCGUCACACUCAUCCUUAUCUACACUGUCUCCUUCAUGAUAUGCUGCUGCUGCUGCCUCACAAUCUGCUGCGCUGCAUUCAUUGGAGGCUCAGCGGGUGAUUAGUUACUGCAAAAAAAGAUUUGGAACAUUUCCUGCAUGUGACUUGUAGUUUUAGAUGACUUGAAGUCUCUCUAAUUUCAUGUCAUGUGCUUUGUGCUAUGUUAUUUUUGUGCAUGCGUUUAUUACCCUCGGCGCAUGC